AUGGCACCGAGGAGGAUUCACCGCCAGGCCACAAAUCGAGGACAGCUCUCUGGGCGGGCGUUGGACCCAUAUCGCGAACGCAUAACUAAGCUUUAUAAAAUUGAGAAGAGACCAUUGAACGAAGUGAUGAGAAUCAUUGGCCAAGAGUCCAAAAUGGACGUCUCCUCCAUGGAGAAGAUGUUCAAGGAUAGGCUGCGUUUGUGGAAUGUCAAGCGCAAUCUAAGCAGAACCGACGUCGCGGCCGCUCUACAGCUAAUUCGGCAGGCAGAACGCAACGGACGCUCUGGCAACCUUUACAUUAGGGAUGAGCCUGUCGACAGGGAACGUAUCGAAACAUAUCUGAGGCGGGCGAAGGAAAGUAUGGAUUCCAUUCUCGCAGCAAGCGAUUUAGGCGAUCAUAUACCCUCCCAUGUGCAAUUACGGCCGUUGGACUCAGAUAUCACGAUGCCAUCCUCUACUCUCCUGACCCAGCCUGGGUCAAGUCCUAUGACCUCAACUUCAAUGUACAAUGGGUCGCAUAUCACAACCAUCCCAUCGACUUCGAGGUCAUCAACAGAACCUGCGGAGUCUAACAUUGCGACAGCAGAAAGCUCACAGAAACACGGAGAGGCGAACGGAUGCGAAAACACUACUUGGGGUGAUAUGACUUCCGGGUCUCCAUCCGCAAAUAGAAAUCAGGGCCGUAUUGCGACACAGUCGAAUCUCGAUCAGCCAGAAGCCUUUUUGCACCUGGGUGGUUUCACGGAUUUGGCAUAUCCCACGGACACUGUUCAACAGUUUUCCAGACACUUGAUCGAUCACGGAGAACUGCCUGUUGCGUUACCGGACCUGUUAGAUCUAUCCUGGCGGAUGUCUGCACCGCCGUCGCCGGAUGAACCCUCUUCAGGGUGUAGUACGAUAUCUUUAGGUCUUGAUGAGAGCUCGCUCUGUCCACGACGAAAUGCCUUGGAAGAAGCAACAGGCAUGGAUAACCAUGAACGUCAUCAGGCUAAGGAUGAACCUCGUGAGGAGCUGCGGUUCGAAAGUGCGGGCUUUCAGAUUGAGCCACGGAACUACACGGCCAACUUUCUCGCAUUUUCCAUUACUGGCUGCCUUCGUCUGAACGAAGGUAUGGAUGAUGCAGCGGAAUCGGCCAUGAGAGUAGCAACUACGAUUUUCGCAGAGAUGAUAGCCAUUCGUCACGAAUCCUGCUUGACAAGUCUAAGUCUCCUGACGGCGUUGCUGGAAGCUCAUGGGAAGCGUGAAGUAAUGACUUGCCUCUUGGACAAGUUCAAAGCCGCAGCAUUAUCCAUGAAGCAUCUACCUGAGAAGGAUUCGGUUGUACUAACUAUCAGAUUUAUGAGUGACAUUAUGAGUGGUAUAAAAAUUGAAUCCCUGUCAAACCCUGAAGACCUUAAAAACGUGCUCAAUGACUUUGAAAGAUACUGGGGCCCAGGUUCGCCUUCUACAUUGGUGUGUCUUUGUCACUUAGGCUGGCGCCUGGCUGGCGAGAAAGACGCUGUACGGCUCACUGAGGGCUGGGACGUUCUAUCCCGUGCUCGCUCAACCGCAGAACGGAUCCUUGAUCCAUGCGAUCCACAGACAAUCAUGAGUCUGACCAUGCUUGCUCGGGUCCUGCACAAUCUCGAUAGAUAUCCUGAAGCACUAGAGGUGAUGAGGACCGCUAUGAAUCGCAUCAUCAUACGUUUUCCAGACUAUCAUCCAUACCGGCUUUCAGGUCUUCGGAGGUUUUCUCUUUUCAUGCAGAAGCUUGGGGCCUACGACGCUGAGCCAAUACUCCGCGAGGUCGCUGCUAAACGUCUGCGAGUCUUGGGACCUGACAGUCUUUUGACCCAGGCAAGCAUGAAGGAAUUGAAGAAAUUGCUGAUUAAAAAGGGCAGACUGGAUGAUGCAGGAAAUGCUUGGAGAGACACAUCAGAAGUGGCAUCACGUUUGUUUCGGGGGGUUAGCAUCGCUUGUUCAUUUUAG